AUGAGUGUGUUCAAGGGUGCUUUAACAGUGUUGAUGAGAGGAGAGGUUCUGACGCUGGGAGAGUACCUGGAGCAGAAGGCAGAGGUUAGAGGAGGUGAAGAAGAAGAAUUUUUGAAAAACCCAGGGGAGGAGCUAAAAAGCUUACUGGAAGAGACUUUAGUGCUAGAGGAUCCCUUUACCCCAAAAAGUUUAAAAGAGGGGUUUCUUGACUUAAGAAAACUUAGAUUUAACUCUUUGGAUAAUAGUUUGGAUAUAAAUGGAGUGAAAAAGAAGUUAUUCGGGAUAAGUAUGGAGAAAAUAUUAGAAUGGUCAUCAGUAAUUACUCAAAGCUACUUCAGCUCAUUUAGAAGCCAAUGCUUAUGUUCAGAAAAAAGGUCUGGAAAGGCUGAGUUCAACGAGACAACACUAUUUUCUUCUAAAACUGAACAAAUUAAAAACAUGAUCCUAGAAACUGACAAAGAUUCACCGAACUAUCAACUAGAGGACUUUGAAAUCCUACUUUGUAAGCAUUUUCCAAAGAUCAAAAUCUCUAACUUAAGAAGUUUCUCAGGAUCAAAAACCAGUUUCGAAUUUCUUAAACGCAAGAAAUACGCAUUCUGUAAAGCUACUCUUUACAAAUUUCAAAACCUUGAUGUUUGGGAAACUCUUCUUUCUAAGAUAGGUCCUAUUGAGGUUCUGCUUUUGUUUGUCUGUUGUAUCAUAUUUAAAAGAAUUGGAAACAAAUCUGAAAGCUUUAUCCAACAAACAGGUAGAAUGUUAACCAAUGAUUUUCUGGAAGAACUUGCUAGACUUCGUGAGACAGAAUCUAAAAGAUCUUGUUUUCCCUCCUCUUCUUCCUCUGAAUCCUCUCUAAAUCCACUCUCUAGUAUUAAAGAGAAGCCUUGGAACCAACCUCCAAGACAAAUUCUCAAAGAAACAGGAGAAACUACAGUUGUAAAUGAGUCCAGACUUUCAAAAAUCUAUCAAAUUGACAUUCCCUCUCAUUCUGGACUACUAUAUUGUGAUCAUUUUUCUAAAAAAGGAGGUCUUCCUUGUUUAUCUAUUCUACGUCUUUUACCUCCAAAUCUUUUAGGAGCAAGAACUUUACUCAGGUUUGUAAUCCAAUCCGAUCAUUUAUUCAAAGAGCAUGAUAGACAAAGCUUAAUUGGACUUCUUGGAAGCUACGAAAUGACUAAAUUCUCCCGUGUUAGAUGUAAAAUGGCUUCUUUUAUGCUUGGAGAAUUUCAGAAACUACUCUUGAACAUUAGAGAUACAUCUCCUAUGAACUUUUUAAAUAAAGUCUGUCCAAUAGAACCAAUUAAAGACUCAGACCUACAAAAUCUUAAUAAAUUACCUACACUCUGUUUUGAGACAAGUUCUACUAAAGUAGUUAAUUUUAUAAGACUUUAUCUUAUUAAGGUUUUGCCAAAAAAUAUUCUCGGUACCUUUAAAAAUUUUAAAACUUUUAUUAAUAAGAAAGUUACUAUUAUUGUAAAUCUACAUAUUAGAGAAACCUUUAAGAUUAAACAUGCAAUGAAUAAAAUAGAAGUUUCUAACUGGGUCAAUAGAGUCCUAGAAGAGAAAAAUCAUCAAUUCAUUCAAAAAUCCAAAAAUUCUGCAUUUUUUAAUCCGAGAUCUAAAAAGGUACCGAAUAAGACAAAAUCAAGUACAAAAAAAAAUUUGAUCAACCUUGGAAAGACAUAUCUGGCUAGAAAUAUGUAUUUUUUGAUGGUUUAUUUGGUGAUUCCAAUAUUAAGAAGACACUUUUAUGCAACUGAAAUUGAAGGAAGUAACAAGGUGAGGUAUUUUAGGCAUCCAGUUUGGAUAAAGAUUGUGAGACAAGCUGAUAAGUGGUAUUUGGAAAGUAUAUUAAGAGGAAUUCAUCAUAAAGAUUUUGUGAAUGUUGAAAAUCUAUAUUCAAUUGAAGAAGUCUCAAAUUUAAUGGAAAAGAAUUCUGAGUAUUCUGAGAAUAUCCCAAAAAUAAGAUGGGUACCGAAAUCCAAAGGGUUAAGACCACUAUUGAAUUUGUCUAAAGUAGGAUCUGGUCAAAUUCUCCAGCAGAUUCUUGAGAAGAAACAUUUUUGUGAGGAGAAAAAGAAUAUUGGUUUUUGUGAUUGUAAUUCAGUUUGGACUGGAGGAGAUCUUCCAACAAGUUGGAAUAACUAUAAUUAUUAUAAUUACUGUAACAAUAGUACUCAUUGUAUCAGUAAUAAUAGAGGAAGAAACUUUUCAACUUUUGGAAACCAAAACUGUAAGUUUUUGGUUUCCUCUGUAACUGGAAAGAUGAGACGUCCAUCAAGUAACAGGAUUGUGGAUGCAAGACGUCCAUCUACAAAUAAUAUGUUGUUAUAUCCAUCCAAGAUUUUGAGGUCUUUUCUUUUAAGAAAGAUAGGAAAGAAUUAUCUUGGUGCUUCUAUUGUUCAGUAUGGAGAUAUUCAUAAGAAUAUUAAAAGCUGGUGGCUUAAAAAUGAGAAAGAUAGACUUUUGGUAGGCAAAGAAUUAGACAAAGAGCAGCAAAGAAAUUUGUCUCAUAAAAAGAUUUACAUUAUCAAAGCUGAUUUGGUUAAUUGCUUUGAGAAUAUAAAUAAAUCUAAGAUUUUUGAGUUUUUAGAUGCAAUUUGUCUCCCAAAUGAGAUUUCCUUUCUAAGUCUAUAUUCAAGAACAUUAAGUAAAACUACUAUUAUCCCACCUUUUGAAAACAUUUCUAGAGACUCUUUUCAAGAUGAGCUUGGGAGAGUGAGUUUGAUUACUUCAAAAGGAAGGCUUAACACAGUUCCUAUUUUUGAAGAGGAUCAUGAAAAUAACCAGGUUAAAUCAAAAGUCAACAAAAUUCAAGGAUUUGAUGUUAAAAAACCUAUUUUAGAUAUUAGGGAUUUUUGUAUCUCAAAGAAAAUUGAGAGUGUUUUAGGACAAAAAAAGGCUGAAAUUUUUACCUUCUUAAAUUCAAAACGUGUAAUUAACUGGAAAUCGGUUAAAGAUAUGGUUAAAAUUCAUUUAAAUACAAACUUUGUUAGACUUAGGACUUUGAAUAGGUCCUCUAGACUCAUCAAAGUUAAAGAACUUGAGAAAUCGGGAAAGUCUGGGAAAAGAUUUCUAAGUCUAUUUAAGCAAAAUUUUGGAAUUCCACAAGGAUCUAGCAUCUCUUAUAUUUUAUGCUGUCUAUAUUACGGAUUCCUGGAUCUCAAUCCCGAAAUCCAAAGUCUUUUGGGUUACACAACCCCAUCUUCCUCUUCCUCGGUUCCGGGUCCUGAAGAACUGGAACAAAAGUCUCAAAUGAAUCAAAAGUACAUACUUAGUGAUCGUGAUCAUGAUCAUCGUGAUCAUGAUCAUGAUCUUGAGACAACAUUAUCUCACUACCAAGAAUUUAAAGAAAACGAGAUAAAUAUUUAUAAUAAUAUAAAUAAAAGAAGAAAAAUAGAAACAUCAAAAUAUAAUAAUGCUAAAAAUAUUUUACAAACUUCCGAAAGGCUCGAUAUCAACGACCAAAAUAAUCAAAUCCGUCUCGAACUUAACCAAUAUAAAGAAAAAAGUUACCUUCAAAACAAUAAGCAAAAAAACAUCUUAUUGAGAUGGGUAGAUGAUUUUCUUUUUCUCACAUCUGAUUUGGAAUCUGCCAAAAAAUUCUUAAAACUACUAUAUAUCCAAAAGCUAUGGGGAUCAAAUAUUUCAAAAGAUAAAAUCAAUUCAAACUUUCUUUGGAUUGACCAUAAUAAUGAAAUUGUUAUCUUAGAAGCUGAUAAAUACUCUUCAAUAGAAGAAUAUUUACAGAAUUUAGUUGAAAUUGAAAAUACCAACAAUCAAAAAAAAGACCAAGUGGAUGAUGAAAUAAUAAAUAAAGCAAAGAUUGCCUUGAAACAAUUCCAGAAACAAGUAUUAUGGUCAGGGAUGAAAUUCUCUAGUGACUCAAUUUACUUGAAUUGCAAGAUUUCACCAUGGAAGAAUCUGGAGCACGUUUCUGUUAUGGAUACCAUAACUUUGACUACCAAUCAGCAAUUUAUAAAUAAUAACUCCAUUUCUUAUAAGUUUAAGGCAAUUAUGGCAUCGGAAAAUUUCCAAAAAUCAAAUUAUAUGUGGUCUGUUUUGGGUAUAAAGUUAAUAAGAUACUUUGAAUUCAGAAUUAAAAAUGGAUUGCUAUAUGAUUGUAAAAUCAAUUCCAUCCAUACGAUUUACGCAAAUAUAAUGAUUGUAAUGUAUAUUGGUACUUUAAAGAUAAUAUCAACAUUCAAAAGAAUCAAGAAAAUACACCAAGGGUUUAUUAACCCAAAAUUCUUGGUCAAAGUUUUAGAGUGGAUUUCAAAUGCAUUUUGUUACAAUAUUUACUUCUAUAAAAAGCAACUUCCUAAUAAAUACCAAUGGAAUUUGCUGAUAAAAUGUGCUGUAUAUGAUUCAAUUAUUACCUGUAUUAAUUCACGCCAUAAAGUACUUGGAAUAACUGAUUUCUUCAAAUCUUAUAAGAUGAAGUACAAUCACCAUUCCUCAAUAUUGAAAAAGAAAUUCAACUUUUGUCCUAUGAGCUCUUUCUCUAUAAUUAGAGAACAUAAUUUAGAUCUUCCAAAAGUUUAUAGAAUAAAGAAAAAAAGUUGA